AGUUCAAAUGUUCAUCGUUAUGGCACAGUGCAGCCUUUUUCCGAUCCCAUGAAAAGUCCGGAGAUUGAACUAUGGAUGUGAAAACAUUACCAGCUUUUGGCAUUGUUUUUUUGACUGCGUUCUGCCUUUUCUCCGCGUCUUCCGCUAACAUACCGGGUUGUGAUGUCACGUGGAUUCCAUUUGAAAACAAAUGGUACUCCUUUUUUCCAACUCAAGGAACUGGCUAUGAAAUGGAAGAAGCACAAGAGUGUUGCAAAGAUAUUGGUGCCAAUAUUGUCAGUGUACUUAGUGAAACGGAAAAUAAAUUCAUUGUUGAUCAAUUGAAAAAGAAUAUGCAGUCUAAAACCAUUUGGUUGGGCAUGAUUUUUGAUACAGACAGUGAUACCUUCAUUUGGCUUGAUCAGUCUGCAGUAAAUUACUCAAAUUGGGAUCCUGGUGAGCCAACGGAAGAAAGUAACAUUGACACAUGCGCUGUCAUGGGCAUAGAGUCAGGGAAAUGGAAAACUGUUAACUGUGAUGAUGACUUUGGAAGCUCAGUCAUGUGUGAAACAACAACAUUAGCCAUACCUGAUGGAGAAAAAUGCACAAGAAGUGGCAAAAAUAUCUUACCAACAGUAUUAGUCAUCACAGUUGCAUUGAUUUUGAUGGUAAUUUCAAUAGUUUCAUGGUAUGCGUACAAAAAGAAAUAUCUCUGUGUAAAUAGAUUUAGUUCUAUUCAGUACAAUGCAGCGGAUCAAAUUACAGACAACAGCACGUUAGUAGAGAAUGAAGAAAGGGAAUACGAAGCAUAGCCUUUUAAUCAGAUGUGAUAUUAAAUAUAAAUUGUACAAUAAAUGAUGGAACAUGUUGCUGCAGUUAAUGGUUUGAAAGAAUUUUUAUACAGUAUAUGACUUUUUUUGCAAUUUCAAACUAUGGUUUCACAAAGCUUACCAAAUGUUACCAUUUAAACCUGCAAAAAAUGCAGUUUAUGUAAAAUCUAUUUUAAAAAGUAGUUAACUCAUCUUUAAAUAAUUUAGGAUUUUUUGUUCUGAGUUGACUAUAUUAAGUAUUAAGAAUGUGGAACAGCAUGUGAUUCAUUCUAGUUAUUUGUUCUGCAUGGGGUUCUGCUAUUAAGGUCAGUCAUUUCAAUGAAUUUUGAAGAAUAUUGAUUUAUUUUUUACUGUUUUGACCUGAUUAAAAUUAUUGU